CAUUCAAUCCUCAGUUUACAACAACGUAUCGUUCACGCUCGAUGCGGCGUGCACGCUCACUUCUUCUGUUUUCCGUUGUGUAGAUCGCAAUAGUUCACCCUAAACUCGUCUAAUUUGCUGCAUUAUUUUGGAUUCUGCAUAUUUUGCGUAGUGGUGUUAAUGUCUGCGUGUUGAUGCCGUUGCGCGCCAAAAUCAAACGAUCAUGUGCUGAGGCAGCUGAAAGCUAAUCGGUUUUGGUAAACAAAACAGUGCACGCAGCAGAGUGUUUGUUUGACCCGUUUCGAAUUUGUACAAAGCGCAACGGUUAGAAGUGUGUAAGGAAGAAGGAGUUAAAAGUAGAAGAAGCCUAUUCUUUUCGAGUCGUCCCGGAAGCGUGCCCACCUGCGCGUUGCCCGAUCGUGGGUUAAAUCGUGUUUUUUUUUUCCUAGAUCUGGAGUUUAGAAUUACUCCGGGUUGCGUGUGUGUGUCGUGAAAAUCGUGCGAGUGUGUGCAUUUGUUGUGUGGCCGUCUCCGUCUCCAGAUUAGCGAUUGGAGCGAGGUCGGUUCCGAAUCAUCGGUGCAGUGAAAAUAGUUGAUGUUUUGUGUAAGCGUAAAUGCUCACGGUCGCGCACCGAAACGGUGUGCUGUACGUAGGUGAAGGUUAAAUUUGUUAACAUUAAACAUCGACGCAUCAACGACGCGGAUCGAAGCGAAGCAAAGGCCAACCUAAUUCCAGGUACCGGCUGUGAUCGAAAAUAUAACGAAACAGCAGCAGCAGCAGCAGCAGAGAAAGCCUUUCUUUCUUAUCUUUCCACACACUUGCCACUCGAUCGGAUUGGUGGAAUUGAGGUUUGCGGAGCGCAAUCAAGUGGCCCGAACUUUUCACCCGCUCCGGAUAGAUCCGAUCGAUUGGCCGUGUUUUACAUUUCCCCCGUCCCCAUGUUCUGCGCAAUUGAAAACAUCCCAUUCUAAUCGUUAGAGCAGCUACACAGCGCAACGAUUCCACGUUCACCCUUCCAAGAGUCAUGGACUAGGGGCCACUUUUCGCCGGAAGCAUUACGGGCGUGGAAUCAUUCUUAUGAAUCGAACAGUCCCGUUAGUCACACCUCUGCUGGGCUACGACUCAUCAUUCGAACUUUCUUCGAGCCGAAGAGAAUACCAACCAUGCUUAGGAUUGUGAUGCUGUAGAUACAGGUUCCACUGCAUAUUCACAUAUCGUUUUUGCUAGGCAAUUAAACAACGUCAAACACAGCAUAACUGCAGUUACCACAGUACGCAACUUUUUUUAGGAGCUGAUCAAAUAUACAUCCAAACAUUCCAAUCAUACUACACACAUCCACCUUAAAGCCAAACAAAAUGAACGGAUUAUCAACGCUUAACAGACUGCUAGGAAAAAGAAACAAAGAUGUUUCCAAAUCAACCUCCAACCUUAGUCGGUCAACCACCAACCUGGACGCCUCUAGUCACUACAACAACAAAGUCAUACAGCUGCCCGUCGUGCCGAAUGCGCCCUUCGAGCAGACGUUCCGCGUGACGGUGCUGCUGCCGCGGGACCAGCUGUACGUAGCACGCGUCGGCGCGAAAACCAAACUCUCCACCCUGCUCGAGAUGGUGUGCAGCGACAAGCUGCUGGACGCACAAAAGUACGUCUUUCGCCAUCCGGCCGACUUUCAGCAGGGCUUCGAGCUGGACAUGAACAUUGGCGAGGUGGGACUGAGCGAGAUACGCAUGAUGUCGCGCAAGGAGCUGGAAGCGCUGCGCAACAGCGACUAUCGGCUGAGCACGAGCGACAUCUUCCGGAUGCACCAGAAGGGGGCACGAGAAACGUCCGGUGGAACCUCCGUAUCGUCGUCCGAUUUGAGCCGCACCUCGAAACUGGCCCUCAAGACGACGUCACCGUACAGUUCGACCAACUCGCUCAACUCGAUGGACUCGUCCGGCGUUAGCUCGAGUUCGCGUGGUGGUGGCGGUGGUCACAGUGGCACUGCAAACGGUACGGCAACUAACGGACACAGCCAGAUGGGCCCACCGGUAGCACCGACGCGCAAGAAACGACUUGCUCCGCGCCCACCAAGCCAGAGCUCCAUUCCCGAGGUGUCGCGUGUCCCGCCGCAAACGCCGCCACAACAGUCGAACGGCGGAACACCGGGCGACAAGCCCGGUACAGAUGAUCAUAUCUUCAAAGAGCCCCAGUUACCGCCGUACUCCAGGCAAAAUUUCCACGUAUCUACGCCGAACUUGUACGAUCGGGAGCUAAAACCGGCCGACAUUAUCAACAACAAUGGCAAUGGUAGCGUGCAUCCGAAAACUGCAAACGGUGACCGAAACGGAUAUUCGGCAGAUGUUCACAAUAACAACAACAACAACAUACAUGAUGCCCAAAGUGCGAUGCUGGAGGAGGAGGACCGCAAAAACCUCAUCAACACCAAAACGUCCUACAGUACGCUUAAAAAUCGGCCAACGUCCAUGUACAUUAUACGCGAACCGGACACAACAAACACGCUGCAGCGCUCGAGCGAGAACGGUGGCAGCAUGGUCGACAUACAUCAUCACCAUUCCCGGGCAUCGUCCAGCUGCUCGGAUGCGAAAGAUCCGCGGGACUUCCAGGACAUGCCUGAACCAACGCCACGAAAGCGCUUGAAUUCUAGUGCCAAAAAAUCCAAAGCACCAGCUCCGCCGCCGAGAGCAAAGACAACUACCAUCACGCCGGUGCCGACGCCCUCGCCUAGGGCACUCACCCGCUCGACACUGGAUUUGCUGCGGGACAACGAUGCGGCCAUUUCCGAAACGGAUUCAAACUUUAGCAGCGAACCAGAUGAUACGCAUCGUAACAGAGAAUCGCGAUUGAAUGCCGUCAACGGUAGUAUCCACCAUGCUCCGUACACACCGCAGCAGCAGAAUGUGUCGAAGGUGAUGCUGAACGUAGAGCAGGCACCGCUUAACGAUCCGGUCGUAACGUCGACCACACCGAACAACAGUGAGAAGAAGCACCAGAAGAAUGGAUCCACUUCGUCUUCUGUGUCUAUUAAAAUUGUCAGCAAUGGUGUAGGUGACGCACAAUCAAAACCCUCAUCGACGACACCCAUCGUAUCGAAGGUGCAGAUCGGUGGAAACCUACCCGCCCCGUUGGAUUUGCCAACUUCGCCGGGAGAUAACAGCUCGGACGAGGAAAUCAAGAUCUACAACAUCGAAUCCGGCAAAGCACUGAUUAAGAAAAAAACACAGAAUGGUACCGAAAUGGAGCAGGAACAGAAGAAGGCUACACCGGGUGGCGGCACUACCCUCACCAAUGGGGCAAAGGUGAGCUCGUCCAACGGUACAAGCAUCGAACCGAAUGGCGACAUAAAUCAGCAAUCGGCUGAACAGCAACCCAACGGUGCUACUGCGGACGAGGAACAGUGGACGUACAAGCUGCCCGCACCGCCAAAGUUUGCCGAUUCUUCCAUCAAAACAAGCGAUUACGAUGAGCGUGGCCAAUUUUAUCGACCGGCGUCUACCUUCGUCGACAAUACGACGCUGCGCAGCGAUAUGCUGACGGUCGUUUCUGAUGAGCAGACGGAGCGCAUCGAACCGUUCAUCCAGGAGCGCCUGCAAACCAUGCUCGACCUAACGGCAGGCCGUGAUACGAUGCAGCCACCAUUUUACCCCACGGUGCUGGAUCAUCGGCCGGAUAGUCCGGUGAGUGUGUCCACGGAAGCCGAUGCUACCAUGCACGUUUCGGAGGAUGUUCCACCACACAUCAGCUCGGAUCUGGAGGAUGGUUAUCGUGUCGGUGCCGAGAGCCGAUCGGAGGCAAAUGGCGCUCCGGACAGCAGCCAAGAGGCACGCGAAGUGUGGCUCCAAACGCUUGAAAAGCGGCGGGAAAAGAUCAUCGAGGGUGAGCUAUCGACGUUGACCGAAUCCAUCGGUAGCGGUGGUAAGGGACCAGAAGUUGAUGCACCCACUGUGUCUCGCACACAGUCGGUGAACGAUAGGAAGAGCAGCGUAAUGAGUGAGCUCAAUCAGCUGCUGCGCGAAGGCGUUGAGCUGAGCCGAAAGGAGGAGACGGAAAUUGCCGUCGUGAACAGGAGCAGCUUGGCGAACUUUAAAAUUUCAACCUACAGUAGCUCGGAAAACAAGGAAAACAUCAUUACCAGCACCACCACCACUACCAUCGUGGAGAAACAGGUGCAGCAGCAGAACCACGUUGGAGGAAACGACGUGCCGGUUGUACCGAACGGCGCUUCCGAAGCGAAACACGUGUCGGAGUGUCAGGAAGAGGAGGAAGAGGAGGCGCAGGAAGUCGAUGUGAUCGUACGCCGCAAGAUAUCGGUCGAUUCGAUCACCUUCCGUAAACCACACUCGCUUACCCAGAGCAGCGACGAGGAUGACCCGGUCGGUCGACAGGCCAACGGAUAUGGGGCUGCGGGUGCGAGCGCCAAGAAGGAACUGGCCCCGGUCAAGCGUCGCAGCUUGACAAUGCUCAACAAAAGCCCGAGGGUGAUUAAUCGGUCCGAUUCGUUCCACUCCACCCGGUCGGAUUACAUACAAUCGUUGAAUUCGCCUGCUCAAACCGGCACGAGCACUUCCGGACCGUUGCAUCUAACGCCAAGAAGCACGUCGUACAUUUCGCUAAUCGGUGCACAGCGGUGGGAAAACAGAGCGGCCACCAGUGCCUCGCUAGUGACCGCAGCGAACUCUUUCAAUCGUCGCAAAUCGGCCAGUGAGCUUAGCAUCUGCGAUUCACCUUCCCUGCAGAGCCUGGAGGUGAUCAAGAACAUUUUGAACACAUCGCGCAAGAACAGCAUUAACAAUCUGCACCAAACGAAUGGAAGUGCGGUGGAAGGUUCCCCGACGGAUGAAGGUAUCGUCUUGCCAUCGAUGGCUGCUAUCAAGCGGAAUAGUUUUACCGACAUUUCGACACUGGUACAACUGAACGGUACGACCAAGGGGCUUAUGAACAAUGGUGCCGGAGGUUUGAUGAGCAAUGCCGUGCGCAAGGAUAGCAUUGAGGAGGCAAAGAUAGAACAGGAGCCUGAGCAGGAGCCGGAACCGGAAGUGCAACCGAAGCAGGAACCUUCAAAGGCUGAUCGGAAACCAACCCUCGAGGCAAACGUUAACAAAACGGAAGAAGUGAAGAAGGUUGAACAGAGCGUUGAAAAGCUGGUAGAGAAGCUGGUCGUACCAGAAGAGAAACAGGUAGAAGAACCUGUUGAGAAAUUAAUUGUGCAGAAAACGGUGGAGGAAAAAACGGUGCAAGCCGAAUGGAUUGCUAAGCCAGCAGAGGAUCAGCAACUGGCAGUGGAUUUGACUAGCGAGUCGAAGAGCGACGAUGAAAAGCUGCAGAAUAAGCAGCAACAACGUCAGCAGAUUCAGCACGUGGGUGUCCCGCCGAAGGAACCACAAACGACGGUCGUUAGCAUUACAACCACCAACACGGUGGUGAGCAGCAGCAGCAGCUCGAGUGUCGCUGGUACACCGUCCAACGAGUCCGACACGAAAAAGUGGACCUACCAGGGACCACCGACGAUAAGCUUUGCGACGUGGAACGAGCGGCCCAAGAUCGACGUGUCGAUCAAAUCGGAUCGAGACUAUCGGUUUGGUGGCAGCUCCACGCUUCCCCGUGGAUUCCGUAAUGUGAACAACGUAAGCAGCACCAAAAUUAGCAUUGGUCCGGGGGGCAGCACCACUACCACGGUGGAAUCGAGCAGCGGAUACAUACGGCGAACGAUCCAUGAGGUUGAUCAGUCGCUGCAGGAAGAAGUCGUUUCCAAUGUGCCAUCAUCAUCAGCAGCAACAGCAGGAGCUCCGUCCCUGGGACGACAGCAGGACCUGACACCGGCGGUGGUGAAGCUUCCGGCGACCUUGCCGAAGCCUACGACGACACCGCCCGGCGAACGCUUACCGAUCGUGCGUGCCGUCGAAUACAAAAAGAACGUUGCGCAACGGCCAACACCGCCGCCGGUCGAGCCAAAGCCUCCUUCCUUCUACUCCGGCACCAAUGUCAGCAGUGUCAGCAUUAAUGGGACAGCCAUUCCCUCCCCCAGCCUCAGCACCAACAUUAGCCGGCUAAGCUUCGGGCCGAAACCUCCAACGGUGCUGCAGCCGACGGUGCGCGGUUUCAAAUCGCUCGACAUCGAUCCGGCCGGCUCGUCCGGUACGGUGAGCAUGCCUCGCUUACGUCCCGUUUCUAUGAUCGAUACGAGUACGCUGCGCAAAACGACCGUCCCAUUGGUGCCUGCGGCGAGCGAGGAUGAGGCUCCGAACUCGUUGCCCUUUUCCCAGCACACUCUUCGCCGGACGGGAUUGAAGGACAAAAUACUGGCCAAGGAUCCGGCAUCCGUUGCGGAACCGGUUACUACGAUUACCAAAGUGAGCGUUACGCAAACUGCUCCUGCUCCUGCUGCUCCUGUCACAGUGGCUGCGCCGGCACCAGCACCCGUACGGCCCGUUUCCCUUCCGGUAGCGGCACCCAUUCCGCCACCACCUGCACCGAUGCCACCGACCAAGGCCUCCCAACCCGUGGUGCGUGGUGCGAUCGUGAAGAAACCCGCCACCUCGCCGGCCAUCGAUCCGCGGACGGCACUACUGGAUGCGAUCCGAAGCUUUAACAAGGAUUCGCUGCGAAAGGAUUAAUAAGGAGCGCUUGUACAUGCAUUACGUUUUCUGCUAAGGUGGGGCUUUUUGUGUAGUUUCCUUUUGUUUUGCUAUUUGGCUUCUACUUUUGUUUGUGGUAAUUUAUGUAUGCUAACCAUACAUAUAUUGUAUCCAUUCCCAUACACCUCGUUGUGUGCGAAGUGAUGCGCUUUUUUAUGCUGAUGUCCCUUGUUUCAUGUGCUUUUUGCAUGUAGAGCACAACAUCAUCGCCGGGACAACAGUACAUUGCAUGCAUUUUUCUCGCAUGCAUCGUUUUAAUUACCUUUUCUUUGCUUUUUAAACAUAGCAGGGAUUUUAUUAAAUCUUACUUACCCACCCACCAACCCUUUGCUGUAACAUAGUUGAAGCGUUAACCGUUUGCGCAGCUCAUGCGGGUAAAUGCACAUUUUUGCACAAUGCAAUUGUUAUCUUUUAUUAUGGAAUAUGGCAACUAAACCUACUGGUACUGUCUGGUACUGUGGCUGUUUCAGAAACGGCAUAUGUGUACAUGUAAAACUGAUAUCAAUAAUCCACAAUACACACACAAACACAAAACACAGGUACUCGGCAAGCAGGGACUCUUAUACGAGCACAUGAUAGAAUAGAACUAGAAUAUAAUACACAUACUUCCCCGAAGGAGGUGUGUUUUGUUAGUCAGCAUGCAUACAGUUAGAAGCAGCUGAGCUGUAGCGGAUAGCUAUUUCGUGAGAAUUACGCUUGAAAGGAGAGAGUGUAUCAAAUAGCAACGUAUAUAGAAUGAAAGAAAGCUGAAGAAAAUAGUGGAGAAAGGCUGGAACCGUUUCACGUUGGUUGUGUAUAUUUCAUUGAUGUGUAUUGUUAACUAUGUUUUUUUUAAUGGGAAUUGUCUAAUACCUGCAGUCUAAUAGAUAUUGUAUGAAAUAAACAUGUGGAUAUUAAAAGUUUACUAAUAAUAA